AGAAAACACUUCAAAAUCACACAUCCAAGUGUGCGUGUCAAUGUCAGCGACAGAAACAAUUGUAAUUGUCAAAAUUAUUAGAACAACCUGUUGAGUACAAAGUGCGACCGAAUAACGAGUAACUGGAAGUUGUGUGCGCGUCGCGACUGCUGAAAACGUAACGACCGACCAUCUGAAACCAUGCCCCGAGCUUUUCUCAUCACCCAUCGCCGCUACAACUUCGACGAAAUGGAGCACAAAGGUUUGAGUCCCGAACAUGCGGUCAGUAUCGCAGAGACGGAUUCUCAAAUGUCGGAGAACAGUUCCGAAUGUCCGGAUGAACUGUACAAUUUAACAAAAUUGGCCGAGGUAGCCGUAGCUACCGGUCAGAUUUUGGAACAGCGCCGACUCUCGUCGCCGUCUAGCACAACCAAUGACGAACCACCGUCAUUCACGUACACUCACAAACUUUUCGACAAAUCGUCAAGAACCCCCAGACCACAUUUAAUAAAGACUGAAGAUUCCAAAUAUACCACAUUCGGCGUUAUUUCCAAACCCCAGGCUCUGCCAACACCGCCCAGUUCUACUAUCGAGACACCAUUAAUAUCAUCCUCAACCUCCGAAGGUCACGAACACGAAUGCGCAGAAUGCGGCAAAAGAUACAGCACCUCCAGCAACCUCGCCAGACACCGCCAAACCCAUCGUAGCCCUGCAGAUAAGAAGGCCAGAAGGUGUCCGCACUGCGACAAGGUUUAUGUCAGUAUGCCUGCUUUUUCCAUGCACGUGCGGACUCACAAUCAGGGAUGCAAGUGUCAGUACUGCGGAAAGUGCUUUUCGAGACCCUGGCUGCUCCAAGGGCAUAUUAGAACCCACACAGGGGAAAAACCUUUCAAGUGCACGAUCUGCAACAAAGCCUUCGCCGACAAGUCCAACCUUCGCGCCCACAUCCAAACCCACUCCAACACCAAACCCCAUAUCUGCGGACGGUGCGGCAAAGCAUUCGCCUUGAAGUCCUACCUCUAUAAGCACGAGGAAUCGUCCUGUAUGAGGAUGAACGCCCGACACAACUCCAGAGAAGCAUCUCCGGACAAGAACGAAGCUUCACCAACCCCCGUUAUAGUUUCUGUUGGAUCCAGACUAGGUGAUUCGGUAAUAAAAGGUCCUGAUAGCGCUAUCAGAUCUCCAAUGCUGUACAGAUCGACCGUAAUCUCUCCUAACCCAGAGAGGAUACUUUAUUCGACCAUAAGACAUCCCUCGGUCAUACUGAACGCAACUGGUCGUUUCGGUAACAAUAUAAUGCUACAGGACCAACCUGUCGACUUUUCCUCGCAAUCUGGGAGAGACAGGCAGACUUACGGUCAAAAUUCGGAAAGGGGAUACGCCCUAGGUUUGGCUAUAGCCGUUUAAUUUUUUUCGUUUCGUUUGGGCACUUACUAAAUUCCUACGUGGGACCAUGACAAUUCCAAAAGAUGUUCUCCGAAAAUACAUACCAAAAAACUAACCAAAAUUAAUACUACACUUAAGUAAUUUAGAUUAACCAAUGACAAAUCAAAUUCAAGUAUUUCUAUGUAUUAUCACGUGCCUUUCGUGUGCCUUAGAAUAUGAAAACUACCUGUGAAUUCUCGUGUGCCAUUAGAAUUAUAAUUGUACAUAUUUAUUUAUUUAUGAGCUGUUUCGAAUGGUGCUUCUUUUUUGUCCAAGUGGCAGCUGUACUUACUUAUCUUUAAAAAGAUAUGUAUAUAUUUGUCUGUGUAACGACGAUGUUUUUAAAUGUAUCUGUUCUGGAAAUAACGUAGAAAUAUGUGUUAAGAUAAUAGUUGCCUUCUACUCACAAUGGCUAUGGUACCUUAAGGCUGGAUAUGAAACUAAAAAAAAUUCUCAUUACAUCUCUUGUAACAGGAAAAAGACGAAGACUUAAUUUUAAACGCUCAAAAUUUGUUGUACAGGAUGAACCAAUUUCUAUAAAGAUGGACAUUAUAAACUUAAGAAUCGUAUUUCUACACAACGUGAAUUGUGACAAGGGACACAGUAUAACACACGAAAAAUCAGAACACCAUUAUAAUAUUUUUAUUAAUGAAUUUAACGUAGUUUUAGUAAUCAAACAUAGGGCAUCAGAAAUAUUUCUGACAAGCCCAAAAAAAUGAGAAAGAUACCAAGUCAACUUAAUAAGUUUUGUUAAAAAAAAGAACACAACCCUAGAGGUCUCUUGGGUUGAGAAUUAAAAUAUGUCGUCGUCAUAUUCUCAGUGUGCAGGGUCAUUCACAAAACAUUCUAAUUUUUUUUUUCCUUUCUAUCUACGAGGCAUACCCACAAAGUAAGAGCACUCAAUUUAAAAAAAAAUCGAAACUAGUAUAUUUAUGAAAAAUUUACAUAUUCAGGAAAGUACUUCUAACACCACUUUCCGACGUGCUCAUCUUCAACUUGCCCUUUGUGAGCCAAAGGAUGAGUUUUCUUCAUCAAAAAAAUCUACCCCCAUCUCUCGAGUCCAUUGUUUCACGCCACUGUGGACCUCAUCAUCGGUAGAAAACCUUUUUCCACCCAUAAACACCUUCAGAGAAGAGAAAAUAUGAAAAUCACAAGGCGCCAAGUCAGGGCUGUGAGCUGGGUAGGUGAUGAUGUUCCAUUGUCAUGCAAGAAGUACAUUCCCGUCGUUAAUAUUCCCCUUAUUUAGAUCUGUAUCGCCCUUCGUAGUGUUUUCAAGAUUUCACAGUACCUCACAGCAUUAAUUGUUUCUCCUUGGGGAAAAAAAUCAACCAGAGUCCCAAAACACAGUUGUCAUGAUAUUUCGGCCCAAAACAACGGUUUUGAAUAUUUUCUUUGAUGGAGAAGGCGGAUGUCGCCACUACAUUGAUUGUCUCUUCGUUUCAUAUACACUUUUGAUUUCGUUAAAAAUUUGGAACGGCGCCUUUCCCGUUCCAAGAAGAAACCAGAUUAAGUUCCUCGCCCCGCACCUGGCGAGAUUCGGAAUAAAGGCACUCAUUUCAACACGCCAUUACAACAACAGUUCUCAACUGAGUAAGACAAAUGAGUGCGUGUUCUGCUCCCACCACCUUGGCCUUGAAUGUAGUUUUGUCAACUUUAUCGGAAACAAAAACCACAGAGCAACAGAGUCUCAGUAUUCUUACUUUGUGGAUAUGCCUCGUAGCAAAUGGUUAGACCGAAAAUUUUAGUCUCAAGAGAAUUGCAUAAAAACAAUUGAAUGCGUAUUUAGGUGAUAUAAACCAAACUUUUUAAAAUUGAACCCCUCUGUAUUUCUCGCUUUUUCGGUUUCUUCUUCUGAUUACAAUGAUUAUAUGUAUAUGGCAAAUAUUUGCUUUUAUGCUUUGCACAUUAUUUUGGUUUAUUUACUGAGCCUCCAUAAUGGAUAAAGUUUUACUUUUCCACUGUUAAAUUUACUAAACAAAUAUCUAAAUAUUUUAUUAAGAAAAAGUUGUCAAACUACAAACAGAGUUCGAUAAAAACCUCCUCGUGUUCCAGACAAAGGACUUUUUGUUAAUUAAGUUUUUCUAAUGAAGAAAUAAAUUUAUUCAUGUAGUUCUCUCUAUGAAGUAUUAUGAAAGACAAACUAAACAAAGAACGAUCUAAUAAUUUACAUGACUUAUCCUAAGAGAAAAAAUAUUAAACGAAUCAAUGUUGUGGUUAAUAGGGCUUUAUAAAAAAUACAUUUGCUUGGAAUAUAUCGACGCUUUAGCACGAAAACGUGCUAUGUUAGAUUUCGGUUAGAAAACAUGCUAUCUCAAAUUUCGG